AUGUCAACAGAACUGUUAACUUUUGUUACAGUUGUCAUAUACAAAUGCAGCAGUAUGGCUAGCACCUGUGGGGAUUGCUUUACCAUUGACCCCAAGUACCAGUGUGGCUGGUGCAACGAUGACUUCUGCACCACGGAUACCUUCUGUCAGCAGGGGGAUUUCCUUAGGAAGGGAUCAGUGUGUCCCAACCCACAGAUUAGCAGUUUCUCACCAAAGUCGGGGCCCACAGAAGGAGGUACACUUUUGACCAUCCAGGGCAAAAAUUUGGGAACUAAUAUUGAUGAAGUGCAGGUUAACAUAGACAAGGUGAAGUGUAACAUCACAGAACUUCGAGCCCCCGAUAGGUACAUACCUCGUAUCACAGACAUCUCUCCAACGCUGGGACCCUUUGAUGGUGGUACAGCCAUCACCCUGAUAGGUGAACACUUGGAUGCUGGGUACAACAAGUCUGUACUCAUUGGUCAGAAGUAUGUGUGUACAGACAUCAAGAGUAUAAAUGCUACAGCCAUCACUUGUAAGACAUCGCCUAUGACCCAGUUAACUCGACAGCAGAUGGAUGUUUCCAUGAUGAUUGACAGUGCAGUCUUGAAUCCCACAGGGGUGGUUUUCACAUAUGUUGAGAACCCUAAUGUCACAUGGGUGUCCAGGAACGCUGUCAUUAGAAGUGGAGGACUUGAAGUGAAUGUGUCCGGAGAGUAUCUACACCAUGUCCAGUCUCCUGAAAUUGUCAUCUGGUCCAACGGACAUGGCUUUUAUGGUCCAUGCAAGUUCACUCAGUUUCCUGCCACCAACAUCACCUGCAUCUCGCCACUGGUCGAGGAUCUGAAGCCACAUUUUGAUGGCUUUCAAGAGCUGGAGUUUGGAUUUAAAAUGGACAGUGUGAAGCAGGUGGAGCGGCUCAGCAGCCUAGGGAAGAUGAGGGUGUACCCGGACCCAAAGCUAGAAGCCUUCAAGAACGGAGAGAAGAUCCACCAACAGUCUCAUGACAUUUUGUUCAUUGAUGGCCAGUACCUGGCUGCUCUGAAGAACUACGAUGUCCGGGUGUUCAUAGGGAAAGAGCAGUGUGUGGUCAGGUCUGUGGUGACAUCAGUCAUCACAUGUACCCCGCCCCCAUCACAGCCGGCCGCCACUGCUGGAGGUGGAUUUCCAGAAGUUGUUGUGCACAUUGGAGAGAAUCUGACCUUCCCUUUGGGGUAUCUGCACUACGAAAAACAGGAGGAACUCUCACAAGAAGCCAUCAUUGGUAUUGCUGCAGGUGGUGUUGCUGUCUUCCUGUUGGUCACGUGUAUUGUCUGCACUGUCUGCCUCAUCAAGUUCCGCCGCAAUGAUGACAUGAUGAAGAAAAUGAGGAAGGAGAUGGAUCAGCUGGAAUCUAGAGUGGCAAAUGAAUGCAAAGAAGCUUUUGCUGAACUGCAGACGGAUAUGAGUGAGUUGACCAGUGAUCUGUCCGGGGGCAGCUCCAUCCCAUUCUGGGACUAUAGAACUUACUGCAUGAGAGUGCUGUUUCCCCCUGAGUGUAAUGAUCAUCCAGUGAUUCGUGAACUAGAGUUGGACUACAGGCACAGAGAGGACACAGAGCGUGGCUUAAAGUUGUUCUUUAACCUUAUCAGGAACAAAACUUUUCUGCUGAUCUUCAUCCGGACUCUGGAGGCAAACAAGGACUUCAGCAUGAAGGAGAGGGUCAAUGUGGCCUCUUUAAUUUCUGUCAGCUUGCAGACACAGAUGGAGUAUGCUACAGAAAUUCUAAAGACCCUGCUAGCUGAACUCAUAGAGAAAACUAUUGAAAAUCCAAAAGUUCAUCCGAAAAUUUUACUUCGAAGAAAUGAAUCUGUAGCAGAGAAGAUGUUGACAAAUUGGUUUACAUUCCUCUUGUACAAAUUUUUGAAGGAAUGUGCUGGGGAGCCUCUGUUUAUGCUCUAUGGUGCUAUAAAACAGCAGGUGUCCAAAGGUCCGGUGGAUGCUGUGACCAGUGAAGCUCGCUACUCGCUCAGUGAGGACAAGCUCAUCCGACAGCAUAUUAACUAUAAACCAAUGGUGUUGUACGUCAUGGACCUGGAUGUGGACAGAUGCUCCCAGCCCACCCACCCUGUCAAAGUCCUGGACUGUGACACCAUUUCCCAGGUCAAAGAGAAGAUCCUGGAUGCCCUGUACAAGAGUGCCCCAUUUAGUAGCCGACCGCCCAAGGAGGAGCUAGAUCUCGUGUUAUUUGAUCAUCCACCAGAGUGGAUAGUAGGUGACAAGACGCAGCUUCCGCUGAAGAUGUUCCCCAAUAAGGACACCAGGCGGCUGGUGCUCAGUGAUGAGGAUCAUACCACCAAGUCGGAGGGAGACUGCAAACGCCUUAAUACACUCAGCCAUUACAAGGUGCCUGAUGGAGCAUAUGUUGCUCUUCACCCAAAACAAACGUCCAUCUACAACAUGAGUAUCAUGUCUGAGAAAUCUAAAUUUAGUGAUAAUUCAUUUUACAACAGAAGUCCAUCCUUAAAUAGAAGUUUAAGCCCUCCAAAUGUACAUAUAGAUGUCGAGGGGUGCAAGUUCUAUCAUCUAGUUCGUCAUCAAGAUGUGGAGUCGAACAACAAGGAAGGGGACAGGGGUAGCAAGAUGGUCUCUGAGAUUUAUCUCCCUCGGUUACUUGUUACCAAGGGAACACUGCAGACAUUUGUGGAUGAUCUCUUUGAGCGGAUCUUCAGUACAGCCCACAGGGGCAUAGCCCUGCCUCUAGCCAUCAAGUAUAUGUUUGACUUCCUGGACGACCAGGCCCUCCACCACAGCAUGGGCGAUGAGGUGGUGCAUAUCUGGAAAUCCAACAGUCUUCCUUUGCGGUUCUGGGUCAACGUGAUAAAGAACCCCAAUUUUGCCUUUGACAUCUACAAGUCCAACAUUGUGGAUGCAUGUCUGACUGUGAUAGGGCAGACCUUCAUGGACAGCUGCUCCACGCUGGAGCACAAACUAACCAAGGACUCCCCCUCGGGUAAACUCCUGUAUGCCAAAGACAUCCCUAAGUACAAGCAGUGGGUAGCCAGGUACUACCAGGAUAUCAAGAUCAUGCCAGCCAUCAGUGACCAGGAUAUGACUGCCAUGCUGGCGGAGGAGUCCCGGACACACCAGAAUGAAUUCAACACAAAUGCUGCCUUGUUGGAGUUGUACAAAUAUGUAAACAAGCAUUAUGAAGACAUUAUGAAUGCCCUAGAGGAUGAUGAGUUUGCCAGAAGGAAUCGUCUCACCAGCAAGUUGGAGCAAGUUGCGGCUGCCAUGGAUGGGACCACUGUCUGCUGA